AGCCCAAACUUAUUUUGCAAAACUUAUGUAUUAUCAGAAUUGAAUUUAUAAUAUAAUAAUAUUGAGUGAGAUCGAGCAAAGAAUUUGAAAAGUACGUGUUUUUUGUUUGCUUCGUUGCCUCAUACUUGCAUUGCGUUGCACACCCACGUCGUAUUAAACGUUGUGCAUACCCUCCAUCGUAAACACGAAUACCCCUCCAAUGCCUGGUCAGCUAUAUAAAAGGUGACUUAACAUGAAUGCUAUUUGAUUAUCCAACUUUUGCCGAAGCAGGCAGAAGAAAGUGAAACUUUCGACCUAGUUUUUUUUUCCAUCUAACAAGAAUUGCCGCGUAAAAUGACAAGGUAUCUGAUUAUUCUGGCAUUGGUGACAGUGGUUCUUGCAGCUGAAAAAUAUUCUAGCAAGUACGACGACGUUGAUGUGGAUAAAAUUCUUCGGAACGAUCGCGUCCUUACCAAUUAUAUUCGAUGCAUACUCGACGAGGGUUCCUGCACCGCGGAAGGUCGUGAAUUGAAGAAAAUUCUACCUGAUGCACUUGCUACAGAUUGUACUAAAUGCAACGAGAAGCAAAAGGUUACAGCUGAAAAAGUUAUUAAUCAUCUUAAAACAAAAAGAUCGAAAGAUUGGGAUCGCCUAAUCACUAAAUAUGAUCCACGAGGUGAAUAUAAGCAACGUUUUGAAAAUCUGUCCAACAACAAGAAAGUUUAAGUAAGAAAUACGUCGGAUGAAACAGUAAGAAGAACGAUUACGCUAUUUCUAAGAAAAUAAUAGUAAAAGCAAUCAUUUAGGAGUAAUAAUAUAUAAU